AUGUCUGCGGACGGCCCUUCUGCCGCUGGUAAUGGAGGAAGCGGUGGCGGAGAAGCCCUUGCAAACGUCGCUACAGCUCCGUCCGUCGACAUGGCUCGCAUACCGCAAAUGCUAGUCCUUGCUGCUGGUGGUGGGGAAACGGGCGGCAGAGAGGCUCUCCCGAAGGCUCGCGUACUCCCAGCCGUAGUUCUUUCUGCUGGUGUUGGGGAAGCAGGCGGAGGAGAGGCUCUCCCGAAGUAG